AGUAUAGCUAUGAUCGUAUUUAAGAAAGGAAAGGGUAAUAUUUAUGGUCUUUGUUGAUCUUAGUUGUCUUUUAAAAAAUAGGCUACAUUUAUCCUUAAAACUUAAGCAAUCAAACCCAAAAUUUAAGCUCCCAAAAUGAUUGAAGUGAAGGCUGAAAGAGAAUGAACUAACUCAUCAAUGACUCAUACGAUACAGAUGAGUCCUAGACCCAUCCAAAAUGACACUAGUACCAAUGAUUCAGUCGAAACAGCUAUAAUACUUUGUACAAUAUGAACAUAUGGCAAUGAAUUAUUUCAUUUACUCUUCAGCUUUUGACCUCGGAAUUAAUUCCUAUAUUUUGAAGGAAUUUUUUCCAUAUCUCGUGAAACAAGUAAUGGAGGAUACACGCUAAAUGGCUAAAACUGUGCCCAAGGAAAGAGUUUAUACACAUGAUUUAUCUAACACUUCAAAUCGCUAAGUCAAAAUAAAAUGUAAAUGGAUUCGUAGAGAUUGCAUUAGCAGCAGUGUAAUUUGUGAUGCUUCAUGCACUCUGUACUUACCGGAUGCUGGGACUAUCCACUCGAAGACUGGGCUUCCAUCUCAUUCACUCGUAGAGUUAAAUAAUGACUGUUGUGGAAAGAUUUCUUGGUUGAAGCCCAAAGUUCAUGGACAGUCUGCUUUAAAAGUUUGUUGAAAUCCCAGCAGGGCAUCUUGAAAGUUGAGCUGUGUUAUAUAUGUUUUGCUGAUCUUGGCCAAAAGCUUUUUUUGUUUAAUCCACAACAUGAAAGUUUUGAAAUGCUCUCUAGAGUGAGAGAAACGUAUUAUUGCUUUCUCUCUGACUGAGAAAACGAAACACGUAAUUGAUGAAAGCCCUUGAACUGAAGCAGCAGUUGAAGACCAUCAUGUUAUUUAUGAUGCUCAACAGACGUAAAACAGAAGAAUAUUAUGCUACCCGUCAGACACGUUUUUUUACCUUUCUUAAAGGCACUAUGAAAAAAAGGCUAAUAUGAUGGAACACAAAUAUCCUGCUGUAGUAAUUUGACCUCACGACCCCCCUUUUCCCUCUUCAUAUUCUGCUGACAUAAUUUUUUAUGGAAGGGCUUUUCAAAUUGAUGGGUCAUUUUAAAGACCACUGCUAUUGUUGCUUGAGUGCUCUUACCCAUUCCGUAACCAAUCUCUUGCCAAGUGCUCAAGCCCUCUACCAUAGCCUUACUAAUGGCUGCAGCUGUCAGUAUGCCAUCAGUAAGUCAACCAAAGUCCAUGAAGCGUCCAACACACUGGAGUGAAGAAGUUGAGGAAGCCUACAGAUUUCAGUUGGCUGGAUACAGAGAUGAAAUUGAGUACCGUGAGGUGCAGAGAACAGAUCAUAUCGACAGAUGGCCUCACAAUGGAUUUGUAAAGAAACUGGUGCGCCGGGAUGGAUGCUUCUAUUACUACAACAAAACAAGAGAGUGCCCAGAUAAACAAAUUAACAAAACAAAGUUGUACGCAUAUUGAUGCAAUCAACCCUCUAGUCUGUAAAUCAAAAGCCUUUGUUCACAUUUUUUGCCCCUAAAAAGCCUGUCCAGGAGUUGCUCCCUUGUGAGAGAUGUUUCUGCUUAUAGCUAUGUCCGCAUGCCUGUUUGCAUAUUUUUUCCUUUAUACUCAUGAAAGUCUCUUCAGUUUCCUGUUUCUGAUUUUCAAAAAAGUGGAGGAGUUGAAGCGCUUCGAGUUUGAUUCUGAUUGGUCUUUGUGGACAGAUGUCGGGGAACCGAUUUUCAAAUACUUGUAUACGAGUUUCAACAGACUUUGGAAUCAUAUAGAAUCUUAUGUCAAGUGAUUUUUUUUCUCUAUGACAUUGUUUUUGCCAAAAGAAUGGGGAGUAAGGAUAUGUAUACCGUAUGAAAAGAAAUUCAGCUAUGACCAAUAUUUAGCAGCUUGACUUGUGUAACAUUACAUACCAUAUGUCCUUUUGGUGUGAAGUUAACAAGUGUGGAAUAACAUAUUUUAAGGGAACUCCAUCCCAAUCUCUGUUUCUGUCCUCUUCUUUUUGAGUGAAGUGCCCCUUGUGGUUUUAAACUUUCAUUGUCUGUGAGUGAUCUCCCAUCGAUGAUUGAAUGCCCUAACAUUUUUUUCACGUUAUCACAUUUUAGAUGUUCCUUUAUAAAGUGGAGAAAUAGAGUUGGAAUUCUCAGAGUGCCACUAUUGAGGGUAUAUGAGAUUGACAGAGUUAUGGAGUGACCCAGACGGUCAUAAAGGGAAAGGAAAAGGGGACAAAAGGGUAAUUCUAUCUCACUUGUGUGUGAGGUACUUACUGUUUGCUCCUUUGAGUACAAAUCUGAGUGUGUUUGUCUGCGAGUAUGUGGGUGGAGGUGUGCCUGACAAAUACUUGAUUCCUUUAUGUGGAAAGUAAGAGUGUGAUUGAAAGAGUAAAAGGAUAUGACAAGGUGCUCAUGAACGGGAGUAUAAGAAGGAUAAAGAUGUUUGUGAAAGUUAAAAUUGUUAUCACAUAUUUCAAGAAUUUCUUGCUAUAGUUAUGUUCAACUGAGAGCAUUUAUGAGCAUCUUGUUUGGUGACGGGAUGAGUAUUUUGGAAUCUCGUUUUAGAGUCUGCUUUUUACACAAAUAAAUUUGGAUUGAAAUUUU